UCUCCGGCCCUCAGCCCCCUUCCCGCGUCGCGACGCACGCAGCUGGGCGGACGCCGCCAAGCCGAGGUAGGCCGUGCGGUGCGGGUCGGGCCCUGAGGUGGACCGAGACGAGGCGAAGAUGAGGUAACAGACCGGUGAUGGCGGCUGCGAUGGUGAUUGCUGGAGGCGGUGAAGUGCAAGGCCUGGGACUCUUGAUUCCUCAAGGAUCGGCCUAGCAGCAGGGUGAGAGAGUAUAAACGGAGCAGUAAAGGUCUUUCCUUUCCUCUUGACACUUCACAACGUUAUAAAGUCGGCGAAAGCGUCCGUUGUAUUAGAGAGUUCAGAAAAAAGUAUCAGGAGUUGCUCCAGCAGACGAUUUUUCAGCCUCAUUUGUAUGGUCGGAUUAUCCUUCCAUUUCUACCUUAAGGAGAUUUGUCAAUCCAUUUUUCCAGGUAGUAGGGAGAAAAAUGAAGCCAACAAGUACAGACCCAAGGAUCUUGUCUUUAGCUGCUGAAGUAGCGAAAAGUCCUGAACAAAAUGUCCCUGUUAUAUUGUUGAAGUUAAAAGAAAUAAUAAACAACACCCCUUUGGGAAGUUCAGAGUUGAAGAAAGUCAAACAAGAUAUAUAUUGUUAUGACCUCAUUCAGUAUUGUCUAUUGGUCCUCAGUCAAGAUUGUUCUCGAAUCCAGGGUGGCUGGACUACAAUUUCCCAGCUUACACAGAUCCUAAGCCAUUGCUGUGUGGGCUUAGAGCCAGGCGAAGAUGGAGAGGAAUUUUACAAGGAAUUACUUCCAUCAGCUGCCGAAAAUUUUCUUGUCUUGGGGAGACGAUUACAAACUUGUUUCAUCAAUGCAGCUAAGGGUGAAGAGAAAGAUAAAUUACUACAUUUUUUCCAAAUUGUGACUGAUUCUCUCUUCUGGCUAUUAGGAGGUCAUAUUCAACUCAUACAGAAUGUACUGCAGAGUGAUCAUUUCUUACACUUACUGCAAACUGACAAUGUUCAAAUAGGAGCUACAGUUAUGACUCUGCUACAGAAUAUACUACAGAUCAACAGUGGUGAUUUACUCAAAAUAGAAGGAAAAACCCUGCAUUCUAUUUUAGAUGAAAUUCUUUUCAAGCUUUUAUCAACUCCUAGUCCAGUCAUAAGAAGUAUUGCUACAAAGCUCCUGCUAGUGCUAGCUGAAUCUCAUCAGGAAAUUUUGAUUUUACUGAGACUAAGUGCCUGCUACAAAGGACUUACAAGUCUGCUAAAUAGACAGGAAACUAUGACAGAAUUUAGUCAAGAACUUCGACAGCUCGUUGGUCUUUUAACCCCCAAGAUCCAUCAGGAAAUAGAAGAACAGAAACUACAUAAAGCAGCUUGCUUGAUUCAAGCCUAUUGGAAGGGUUUCCAGACCAGAAAGAGAUUAAAGAAGCUUCCGUCUGCUGUGAUUGCUUUGCAGAGGAGUUUCAGAUCUAAACGAACAAAGACAUUGUUGGAGCUAAAUAGGCAAAAGGAAGAAGAAGACCUCAGAUUAAGAUUGCAGCUUCAAAGACAGAGAGCCAUGAGGCUUUCCCGAGAGUCACGCUUGAGUAUGCUUGAAAUAGUUCAUCCAGGUCAAGUGGAGAAGUACAAUAGGGAAAUGGAAGAGAAAUCAGCAUUGACUAUCCAGAAACAUUGGAGAGGGUACAGGGAAAGGAAGAAUUUCUGCCAACAGAGGCCAUCUCUCACAGAGUAUAAAGCAGCUGUUCCACUUCAAAGAGCAGUCCUUAAAUUCCUAGCAAAAUGCCGUAAGAAAAAGAAACUAUUUGCCUCUUGGCACGGACUCCAAGAACUCACUGAUGCACGCAGAGUUGAACUGAAGCAACAAGUGGAUGACUAUGUCAGAAGACAUCCAGGCUCUGAGAUGUCAGAUGUGGCCAGCAGAGAGCUCCAUGCACAAGCACAAGAACAACUUCAACGCUACUUUAUGGGAAGGGCCAUAGAAGAAAGAGCCCAGCAACACAGAGAAGCUUUGAUGGCUCAGAUCAGCACCAACAUUGAACAGUUGAUGAAAGCACCAAGUCUGAAGGAGGCAGAAGGAAAGGAACCUGAGCACUUCCUAAGUAGAUCUAGGCCUGUGGCAGCCAAGGCCAAACAAGCCCAUCUCACCACCCUGAAGCACAUACAAGCCCCUUGGUGGAAAAAGCUUGGUGAAGAAGCAGGCGAUGAGAUUGAUGUUCCAAAGGAUGAGCUUAAUAUAGAAUUAGGAACUCUAUUUAUUUGUGGAACCAAACCCCCCUAGAGGAUAACUGAAAGCCAGCCAUCUUAGGAGAGUGUUAGUUUUGCCUCUGGGCUACCAGUGGCUUUCCAGAGGAUCUUCAUGCAACACUUGGAAGCAACAAGCAGAGCAUUGCCUACCUCGCUGCCAACUCUUUCCCCUUUCUACCCUGUCUCCAUUCACAAACAGAUCUGUCAGCUUUUGUUGUGGGACAGAAGUCAAUGUGAAAUUCUAUUGUUGACAUGUAAUAUGAAAUUUCAUUUCUGUUUUCUAACGAAAGGUUUUUUUUUAAUAAAUAAGUAUUGUGUUCUUGAAAAACUUGUCAGGAUUAUUUUAAUUUUUCACAUUUGUUAUUCAGAAUUUCCAUUAUUAUUACUACCAUUAUAUUUUUCACCUUGACAGAGUUUAGAAAAAGAAGUGGUCAAUUAAAGGACAUUUAAUUAUCUGAAAAACUUGAGAAAAGAUAUAGAGGGAAACAGUUGGUUAUAGUUCUUAUAUUGUAUUAAAAAUACAUUUUAAAAAUUA